AUGAGAAAACAGCAUCUGACUUCCCAGUCCUCGCCAUUCAAGCGUUCGUCUCCACAGCAUGUCAAAGCAAAGCCGACGCCAACACAAGGGAAAAUCGAACCGCUCCCCGACUUUGACUGGCGAACAAAACAGCCCGUCCAAUUCCGGCCGUUCAAGCCGAAGUACCACCUCACGAUGGGUAAAGAAGCCUUCCCCAUAUCCUCACCACAGCUUUGGUUCCGAACAUAUCCACCCUUUCCCAUACCCAAGAAAAAUGCUAACCGGAGAACGAACCGCCGUUUUAAUUAUUUAGCCGUCGAGCGAUCCUCGAUCUCGGAGCUGAUCGAGAUGGACCGCAACUACCUCGACCGCAUCACCUGGCGCCAGCGCAUCAUCCGCGACCACGCCGCGACCGUCGUCGGCGCCCACAGCGCCGCAGCGGGGCCCGCCAUCCACGAGUUCUACGUCUGGCUGCUGGGCACGUAUCUCCCGACGCGGUUCCCGCGCAUGUUCGAGCUGGUGUACCCGUCGCCUCCGUCUCCAGCCACCGCGGAGAAGGGUGGUAGUGGUUCGACAGCGACAGUUCGGAUCAUGCGCAGUCUGGUCACGGGCGAGGAGUUCGGCGUUGAGCCGCCGCCCGCGGACCCGGUCGAGGCGCUCAAGGUCAUCGGGAGGCUGGUCGACGACGACGUGCAGAUCCUCACGCGCGAGGAGGAUGGCGAUGGCUAUGCGAUGCGCGGCUUCGUGACAUGCUGCCCCAGCGGGUUCGACAUGAGCAAGAAGCUGGGCCUGAAGCUGAGAGACAUCCACACCGGGGUGCCCGGGUACAAGCAGAAGCUGGAGAUGAGCAUGGAUCGGUUUUUCGACAGGUUGGAGGUGGGGACGGUUGUGAAGAGGGUGAAUUGGGCGAUGAACAUGAACGAUGAUCCCUUCACGCCGGGGGGCACGAAGCUCUACGAGGGUGAUGAGCAGCCCGAAAUGGAAAUCGAUAUAGACCAGGUCCACCUCCGCAGCGAACGCCAAGUCGUUCACAGGCUUCCGAAAUCCGGCGCGAUCGUAUUUUCCUUCAAGACGUAUUUGUACCCCAUCAAGGAUAUCAAGGCGGAGGGCUUGGGAGAGGAGCUGGCAACGGCAAUCGACGGGUUGAAGCUUGGAACUGUGCCGCAGUUUCACUGGUACAAGAAAGCUCCUGUGUGGGGUGAGGCAGUGAAGGGAUAUCUCCGCAGCUGA